GUGUUAUUGUAACCAACGCCAUUUCCCCAAAGUCAAAAACCUCCAAAAACUUAGCUAUGGCGGACACCACAACAACAACAACAAUCUCCGGUGACUCUAUUACGGUUACCGAUGACCAGAAAAACAAUCCCACGAACCCACUUGCAUCAUUUAUCUCUAGUGUUCUUCAGCUUUUCAAACCGCCGCCGGCAUCUAGUAAGAAGAUUGAACCCACCGCUGCUACUUCAGACCUCAAACCAAUUGCUUCAGCUGAAAAAGAGGAGAAAGCUGCUGUAGUGAAGUUUCCGCGACAGGAUUUGCCUUCGUUGAAGCUCGAAACAGAAGGGGCUGAACCUAAUACAAAUCCCAUUGUCUUGUGGCAGGUUUAUGCUAUCGGAGGGUUCUUUGUCUUAAGGUGGGCAUGGUCAAGAUGGAACGAGCGUCGUGGAAACAGGAAGCCAUCCGAUGAAGAGCCUCCUCCCAGUCAAGAGUAGACUUUGUACUGCAACAUGUUAGAAAAGAGAAAACAAAGAAUGACACUUGUGGAGACAGGUUUAUGACUUUAUUUGAGUCUUGUAAAGUGUUGAAAUCACAGUUCUGGUUUUACAGUACUAAAUGUAAAAACCCGAAUCAAGCUUUACGUCAAUUUGCCAGUCAGCAUCAUUUUGUACAGCCUGUGUUUCAGCCCUUGUUGAUAAUUCUUGCUAAAGCAAGUGGAUGCGUGCAUGAGCUAUACUGUAAGCUCAUAUAUUUCAUUCAACUUGAUAAGUUC